CUGCUAAAGACCCGUCUCUCUCUCUCUCUCUCUCGCGCGAUUUGAUUUCCGCGCACUCCUCCGCAGCCGAUUCGUUCUCUCUUCUCGCCGUCGGAGCUCCCAUUCUAGGAAAGGAAACUCCGGCCGCUAGGGUUCCGAAUUGCGCGCAAUUCGGCCUUCGCCUGGUCGGCGGAGACGGCGGCUCCCCACCUCCGCGGCGGUUUCCGGGGCGUCCGGAGCCAGUCGCGAUUUCGAACCGGGGAGGUUGGUUGGUGCCCUCGGAGUGCCUCCUGCCGUAGGGUUCUUUUUUUUUUUUUUUUUUUCCCCCUUCUCUCUCGCGUGUCGCCGCGUGAUGGUCCGAAGAUGAUCGUCGAGCGGCCGAAGAAGAUCGAAAUGCCGAAUCUGAAGCGAUGCAAGUCGCAAGGCCCUCCCGGCGGGGAGGUGAAUUGGAAGAGGAUGAAGCAGGGGAAUGGUUACGGGUCGUCCGGGACGAGCGGCGGCUUGGGUUCUUGCUGUAGCAGCGAGGAGUCGUCGCGGCGCCCGCGCCCGGCGAUUGGGGCGGAACUGAGUUCCAUGGAAUCGAAAGAGUCGAACGGGAGCGCGGACAAGUUUCGGCCUCCGUUGUUGAAGUACUCGCGCGGGCGCACUCGCUCCGCGCUCCGUUCGCGGUUUAACGGCUCGGUUGAUGGGAAUAUCCAGAAUUCGAAGGGCACCGAGUCAGUGUUUGCGAGUCAGGUCAAUUUGGAGAAGAGCAGGAUAAAUCGCGAGAUACUCGAGUACAAUGAAUUGGGGAACGCGGAAGAGAAUGGUGCGGACGAUUCGUGCGGAAAUCUGCAGGAAGUUAGGGUAUCGGACGGUGCAGAGGUUGCGGAUGGCGGCAAUAGUAGCAAGCAUUUGAGUUCGCGUGGUUCGGUGGUGUGCAAUGUGAAUUCUUCGCCGUCCAUCGAUAGCGAGAAGUACGUACCCUCUUGUGCCUUGGUGGCGACGAGAAGACAGAGUUACAGGCCGGAAGAUUUCAGCUUGGGCGAUAUAGUUUGGGUCAAAUGCGGGAAGAAGUACCCAGCUUGGCCAGCUAUAGUGAUCGAUCCAUUGUUGCACGCGCCCGAUUCGGUUUUGAAAUGCUGUGUUGCCGGGGCCGUCUGCGUGAUGUUUUUUGGGUACUCCAAGAAUGGAAAACAAAGGGACUAUGGCUGGGCAAAACAAGGAAUGAUAUACCCCUAUGCACAGUUCAUGGAUAAAUUUAAGAGUCAGACACAGCUUCAUAAAAGCAAGCCAAGUGAAUUCAAAAUGGCAAUAGAGGAGGCGGAUUUAGCAGAAGCUGGUUAUAUGGACUCUUUUGGCUAUGGGCGAAUGGCUUGUGCAGAAGCAAAUGCCAGUGUCAGCCAAGAGGCCUCUGGCUUCACUUCAGAUCAGGAUAUGUGUUCCAAGAAUAUGCAAACUUGUGACAGCUGUGGCCUCAUUUUCCCUUUUAGAAGUAUGAAAAAGAUGAAAGGCCCAAGUGGUGAAGCUCAAAUUUUGUGUAGACAUUGUGCCAAGUUACUGAAAUCCAAACAAUACUGUGGAAUAUGCAAGAAAAUUUGGCAUCAUUCUGAUGGUGGAGAUUGGGUAUGUUGUGAUGGUUGCAAUGUUUGGGUGCAUGCUGAGUGUGCCAAUAUCUCCAGCCGACUUCUUAAGGAUCUACGGCACUCUGAUUACUACUGCCCGGAUUGCAAGGCCAAGACCACUUGCAAAAGGCCAAAUUUACAGAAGUUGGAGCCAAAAGAGAAGUUGGUGGAAAACAAGCAAGCUCCUUUGCCUGACAAGGUUUCUGUGGUGUGCAAUGGCAUGGAAGGGUCAUAUAUCCCAAAACUUCAUCUAAUUGUGUGCAAGUGUGGUUCGUGUGGUUCAAAGAUGCAGACACCUAGUGAAUGGGAACGGCACACAGGUUGCAGAGCCAAAAAGUGGAAAUACAGUGUCAAAAUCAAGGAUACAAAAGAACCACUGGAGAAAUGGCUUGCAGAGUAUGCCGCACUUGGUUCUGAUCCUUUGAAGCUAGAUAAACAGCAGUUGAUGGAUUUCUUGAAAGAGAGUUAUGUGCCUGUUUCUGCAAAAUGGACGACGGAAAGGUGCGCCGUCUGUAGAUGGGUUGAAGAUUGGGACUAUAACAAAAUGAUAAUCUGCAACAGGUGUCAGAUAGCUGUGCACCAAGAGUGUUAUGGGGCAAACAACGUUCAAGACUUUACUUCAUGGGUUUGUAGAGCAUGCGAAACGCCUGAUGUGAAGAGGGAGUGUUGUCUUUGUCCGGUAGAAGGGGGUGCUUUGAAGCCAACCGAUAUUGAGCCACUCUGGGUUCAUGUCACAUGCGCUUGGUUUCGCCCUGAAGUUGGUUUUCUGAAUCACGAGAAAAUGGAACCGGCCACUGGAAUACUCAGAAUUCCUCCGACUUCUUUUCUGAAGAGUUGUGUAAUAUGUAAGCAGACUCAUGGUUCCUGCACUCAAUGCAGCAAAUGUGCUACUUAUUUCCACGUUAUGUGUGCUGCAAGAGCGGGACACAGCAUGGAAUUGCACUGCUUGGAGAAGAGUGGGAGUCAAAUAACGAAGAAAUUGAUAUAUUGUGCCGAUCACAGGGUCCCAAAUGCAGAUUCCGUUGUGGUUGUUCAUACUCCCUUGGGGGUGUUCUCUGCCAGAAACUUGGUUCAAAGCCAGCAGGGAAAUUUCAAAGGUUCGAGGUUGAUAUCAUCUAGGAAAGAACUUCCUGAGUCCUUAACUGUCAAGAAUGAUGAAAUUGAACCACUCUCGUCUGCAAGAUGUCGGGUCUUCACGAGAUCUAACAAAAUGAGAAAUGAAGAACCGGUGUCUCAUCGUCCAAUGGGGCCAAGCCACCAUUCUCUUCAAGAAGUGAUUAACAUGCGAAAUUUGGAAAAACAAAAUGAUUCUACAAUUUUCACAUCAUUAAAGGAACGGCUUCACCUCUUACAAAGGACAGAAAAGCAUCGAAUUUGUUUCGGUAAAUCUGGUAUACAUGGAUGGGGACUCUUUGCUCGAAGAAAUAUUCAGGAAGGAGAAAUGGUUGCUGAAUACCAUGGUGAGCAGGUGAGACGCAGUGUGGCAGAUCUUAGAGAGGCAACUUACCGCAGAGAGGGAAAAGACUGUUAUCUCUUCAAGAUCAGUGAAGAACUUGUAAUCGAUGCCACAAAUAAAGGGAACAUAGCUCGGCUAAUUAAUCAUUCGUGUAUGCCCAACUGUUACGCCAGAAUUUUGAGUAUGGGUGAUGAUGAGAGUCGGAUAGUUCUUAUUGCAAAGACUAGUGUAUCUGCCGGUGAUGAGCUAACGUAUGAUUACUUGUUUGAUCCGGACGAACACGAGGAACUGAAGGUCCCUUGCUUAUGUAAAGCCCCCAACUGUAGGAAAUUCAUGAAUUAGGCUUAGGCAUUGUACAUUUGAGAAUAGAGGCCGCCCUCCCUUUGCGGCGAGCAUAUAAUUCUUUUGAUUUUUCGCCCGAGGAAUUCUUUUGUAAAUCUUUCAAUUUACAAUAAUAUUAAUGGGAUGACCACCAACAAAAAUUUGCUUGGUGGAGGUGUUUUCCUUUUUA